AUGUUCUGUAUCCCGUGCCAAAGGAAGUUUAACACAAAGAAUGCAUAUAAAUGCCACACAUCCACCUCUUCCCAUGCUAAGGCAGACACAGAAUACAAAGUAAACCGAAAGAUAAAUAUGGAACGGAACACAAGCAACUUUAUAACAGAUUUCCAUUCUUAUAUUUCCCAAAUAGCCGAGUAUAAAGAAAUAGGCCAGGUCUAUAGAGAGUAUUUGGCAAAAAACCGAUUCAGAAUAGAAGGAACAAACUUUAAGAGCGUUGAGGAGGCCAUUGAAAAGAUUGAGAAGCGAGUUUCUGUCCUGAGGGAGGGGGGAAAGAUAAUGGUUAAACGUCUAAGCAACUUCAAACCCACAAAGAGAAUUCCCAUUUUUGAUUUGGAGAAACUCAAAUCCACCUUCAGAAUCAGAAUGGUGGAAGAAGACAACGCCGAUAGAUUAAGACACAAGAUAUUUGAAAAGAAAAACCAAGGAAAUGCCUAG